AUGGAGGUGCUGGAGUACAUUGUGUCAUGUAGUUUCUGGGGUUGUGUGAUUUUGGGUUUCUUUUCCCUCUUCCUUGUCGCGCUUAGCUAUCGCCUGCGCGAGAAGCAGAACCGCUUCCUGUACUUCCCCGAGAACCCGGCGGAGAGCACAGUCACCUGCGAGAAUCCAGUUGAUAGCGGGUUCGUUAACACAGACAGCGUGCACGUACGCACCGCGGAUGGUGUGACGCUGCGUGGAUUUAUGAUGUGGCCACCACCUGAACAGCAGCCGGCGCCACAAGGGGACCCAAAAGUUUCUUGUAGGAGUCAAAAUUCUGGUUUGGGCGCUGGGCCUUUCUCUCCGCGCAGUUCGACGGCCAAUGGAGACGUUUUAACCUCCGUGCCGCGCUAUGCCAUUGUGUAUUUCCACGGAAACGCCGGGAACGUGGGUCACCGCAUACCAAUUGCAGCCCUCCUCACCACAAAACAUCGCUGUGCAGUUCUAAUGAUGGAUUACCGUGGAUUUGGUCUUAGUGAUUCUGUUCCACCCACGGAGGAGGGACUUAAGUUAGAUGCACAGGCGUGCUUGGAGUACGUCUGGAAUCAUCCCCGCGUACCGCAUGGGCGUAUCUUCGUCAUGGGAACAAGUCUGGGAGGUGCGGUUGCUAUACAUCUGGCGUCACGGCCAGCGAACAUGAACCGUAUCGCUGGAUUGAUUGUUGAAAACACCUUUACUUCUAUCAGUGACAUGGCGUCUGUAUUGGCGCGAGUGGCGGUGCGACAGUUGGUGACGCGCUGCCCUGCGCUUUGGAUCUGUCUGUUUGACUACUACGUGAAACCAUUGUGUCUGCGCAUCGGGUGGAGGAACCUCGACCUGGUGGAACGAGUCAGAGCACCCAUGCUUUUUCUCUCCGGAGCAGGAGACGAAGUGGUCCCGGCGUGGCAAAUGCAACGGUUGUAUGCGGCCGCGGCAAAAUCAAAGUCCUUGCGAAGAUUUGUCGGCUUUCCUGAGGGAAAGCAUAAUACACUGCCUCUACUUGGAGGCUACAGUGACGUCAUUGAUGAAUUUGCACAGGAGGUGCUUCGCUCAGAGGCGGAGGUGGUUUAG